ACCCUCCUCUAUCUCUGAACACCCCUCGCCUCUUCUAUCUGGUCUUCAUCUUGCCUUAUACCGUCCUAGAGCGCCACUUCCAUAUUCAUACCCCGUUCCUGAAGACUUCAUACUUUAACAUCGUGUUUCCACCGUUUCUAAGAUCUCCCCGUUGUCUAUACUCUUAUGAGUUCCUCAUAUCCAAAUUCUUUAACUGUACCACUACUCCACCACCAACUUCACCUCGACUCUUCUCAACAUACACAUUAACUUGACUCAACUUGGCUAUAUACCUUGGUCUCAACAACUCUCUCAACACCCAUCCACCUCUUACACAUUUUACCCCUUCAACUUCACGAACAUGACAGCCGCCAUGUCACAACCGACCGUCACGGUCAAGGAUCCCUCUGCAGUACGAAAGCGCAGAAGACGUGCUCCUGCUGGUGGCGCUUCUGAUGAUUGUUUCUCUUGCUCCAAGAAGAACAUCAAGUGUGACCGUAGAAGACCAUACUGCUCUCAGUGUCUCGAGGUUGGCAGUGAAUGUUCUGGUUAUAAAACACAACUUACUUGGGGAGUUGGCGUGGCCAGUCGAGGCAAGCUUCGUGGCUUGUCUCUGCCCAUUGCAAAAGCUCCCCCUGUUACUCGUGAACCUAGAAAACACUCGACUGCAUCAUCAAGAAGCUCUGCCAUUGCUCGUUCAGGGACGGAAGAUGAAGUCAGCCGGAUGCGCCAAGGCCCUAUUGAUAUUCCUGCAGUGACACAAGUCGCUUCUGCACCUACAACACCAUUUACCAUGGCAGGAUACGACUACCUCUCUAUCCCCCAUCCUGAGCAUGCAACCCCUAUCCACCAAGGAAACUGGGGUGCGGUCAACUAUUCUCCCGCUCAAGAAACAGCACAAAAUCUUCAUCGAUUCCCGGUGCCUCUUGUAACAGAAAACCUCUCAUCUUCUAUCGAUCCCCUUACUCCCGACGUUGGCUACGUAUCGCCCAUGAGCCAGUCUUAUACCAGAGACGACGUCUCUUAUGUUCACAGCCCGUCCUACAUGUACGACAGCUAUACAACAGGCACCAGCUCUCCUGGUCCUCAGAGCCCCCCAGCAUCCCUCUACGCCGAACACGCAAGGACCUUCGCCCCGACCUCAUGCCCCAGCCUCGCCCAUGCUCCUUCAGAAAUGAGCUCCAGCCUUCACUCGCAUGCCGAUACCUUUGACUCGCAAAUGGGCAACAGGAUGGUUCGGGAUUGUGAUUCAUUCGGCGUGCCUGAAGUCGAUACAUAUGGCGCCAGCUACAGCUCGAUGCCGAUCUCCUGGCAGUCUCCAUCGAUGCAAGAUGAAGAUGUUAAAUCUCAUCAUUCGGACUUUGCUCCCUCGGGUUGGCCAACCGCUUCCGAAAAUCAUUCUGUUCAUGUGAGCCAGGACCUCAUCUCCAAGAUGCCCUUUUUCAUGGAUUACUACGAGAACAUCAUGUGUCCCUCCAUGGUCUUUAUCGACGGGCCACACAACCCAUUUCGAGACCAUAUUCUGCGACUAGCUGUAAACAGCCAGAGUUUGAGCCAUGCAAUUUGUGCUCUUGCAUCCUGCAAUCUCCGCAUGAAGAGGAAACUGAGUCUCGGACGUGAUACACGAGAUCUUUCUGAGAAGUUGAUGGCUGACAAACAUGCCGCCGAAGCCAUGGCAGACACUCAGCCCGACGACCUGUCCCUCGCCGAGGAAUACCAACACCGUAACCUGGCUGUGCACCUAUUAAACGAACAACUCAACGACCGGACCAAAGCAAUUCACGAUUCAGUCCUUGCUACGAUCCUCCUACUGUGUCAUUACCGCAUGGUUGAGUCCGGUAUCGCCAAAUUCCAUACUCAGUUUGCUGGUGUCAGCAAGAUUCUUGCUCUUCGAACUCAGCAUCUUGCAACAUCUAGCAAUUCUGCCUGGAUGGAGGCUAUUUUCAACUACUUUGACGCCAUUUCUGCCAGCAUCAACGAGCGCGAGUCCCAAGUGUAUCCCGGUUUCAGUGGGGUGUCAGACUCUCAACUCUUGCCUGUUGGAGCCGAGAACCUGGUGGGGUGUGACCGCGAGCUCUUCAAGACCAUUAGCAGACUCGGACGCCUGAAUCUAUUGUCUCAGAAUCGCUCCGUACGAAAACCAGCUGCCGCAUAUGGAACUCAUGAAGUACCUGAACGAUCACCGUCCUUGUCUUACAUCUCCCCACUAGGUCACGCUCGGCGAGAAUCUCUCACAGGGUUUAAUGUGAACGAUCAGAUAGGAGACAUGAGCAGUGUCACUAGCCAUGGUCUCGGUGAUGGGCGAUCAAACACGGGAAUCCACGAGGAUCGAGCUGCGCCAACAAGUGCCCCGGCCACGUCUUACGAAGAAGGUCGCUCCCUAUUUUGGCAUGAGUGGAAAGAAGCACGGCUAGCCCUCCAAAAUUGGAACUUCGAUGCUUCCAGGGUCAGCGCCUCACUUCCUGAGCCCUGUACACAGAGUCAACUACGAGACCUGGAAUCCCUCUCUGAGGCUUUCCGCUAUGCCGCCCUAUUAUACACGGAGCGACUAGUGAGCCCAUCGUUACCUUCAGGCCACCAGAGCAUCCAGAGCCUUGUCAGCCAGGUGGUCUAUUACGCAACGAACCUGGACACAGGAAGUAGCGCCGAGAAGUUUCUACUCUGGCCCCUUUUCGUUGCGGGCUGCGAAUGCGUCAACGAAUUACAGCAAAACAUGGUGCGGUCCAAGUGUCGUGAUAUCAUGUUCCGUUCUGGUUACAUGAACAAUUUGGCGGCUCUGGAGGUGCUGGAGAAGUUGUGGGCCCAAGAUUGGGCGGGAGAAGAGCCGUUGAUGUUGGGGACCAGGACCGGGGAUCAACGCGGACCGUUCAACUGGACCAAAUGCAUCGGGGGACCCGGAGUGGAGGUGGAGUGGAUCAUGUUUUGAUGUGCAGGGAUGUUCGGCGAUUGACAUGUGAAGGCGUUUGUGCUCGGACUGAACUGGGCUGAGAUGAUGGGAUGGGAAUCAGGGAUUUGGAUCAAGUUACAAGGGGCUGUCAUGAAUUGCAGACAGGCGUGGGUAGGGGUUGGUGAAGUUGGCCGGUCUUGUUAGCCUAAUGAUGUGUGUCAUAUUCGGAUUCGGGACUACUGUGGGAUUAAGUUUGGGAGUUUAACUUGAUGGAAAGGCUAGUAUCAUCAUCUUGUAUUAUGUAACGCAGGCAACGCAACAGCAUACGGAACGGUUACGUUAGAAAGGAAGCAAGGCGUUUCGGUUUAGCAUAUUAGGACAGACCUUCUGGAGUUGGGUACGUACUGAAUAUAGUCCAAAGAGACCGAGAUUAAAACGAA